UAAAGCUACAAAAAAUAUUAUAUGCAUGUUUAUUAUUUUAAAAUCAUUGCAUUAACUGUCAUAAAAAUAUAUGAUUUAAUAUAUAAGCGUUUUGCUAAUAAAUUUCGUGCCACAAAAAUGCUACAAUAAGGUUUUGAAAUGUAUGAUAUGGUAACAUCACCAAAAUUCUAAAUUGCGGCGUAUGGGCAGCACUCUGGGGCAUACAAUAUAUUAAAGUCAAACUGACAGCUGCAACGAAAACGACAAAAAUUGGGACGAAAAGCAAUUUCGUAAAACAAAAUUUUUAUGGGAGUUGGUUUCAUACAAUAAGUAUAAAAGAAGAAUUAAUACGGUUGUGCUAAAUAAAAAAAGCAAUAAGUAAUACAUUAGGAUUUUCAAUAAACGAUCAAAAUUGAAAAACACAUCAUACGCCAGACGAGACUUCAUACACCCCACAAACAAUUCUCUGAGAAAGGAAUCAAAACGGCAAAUUAGACAUUUCCAUACGCCGUAGCUAAUACCGUUGAUCAAAUUGUUUAAAGAAUUAGAAAAUUACGAAACGUUUAAUGCGAUGUGCUUGUAAAUUGUAAAAUUGUUUGUGUGAAACAUACUUUUAUAUUACAGCAACAACAAUCAGUAAAACGUGUUGGUGGCUGUUCUUAUCUGUACGUUAAUCUAAAAAGUCGGAAAUAUGCAUCAGGAUUCACCUGAUGCCAAAAAGCCCUGCAAAGGCAUAUUAAAAACAUCACGUAGUUUUGAUAAACCAAAUGCCAGUUAUCGCAAAAGUGCCAAGUUCGAUGAAAUAAACGUGCUUCAAACAUAUCAUCCAGUCGAUAAGGACUAUGGACAUAUGAAAAUAGAUGAACCAAAAACUCCGUUCAAUUAUGUUGAUCCGGAAGAAGGUUUAAAUGAACAACUUGAUGCUGAUUUGUUAGCAGAAAAAUUACGUGCAGCCGCUAAUACUCAAACUCCUUCCUUUGGUCAAGAUGAUCUCUCAGAUGAAGAAUUUCCGGAAACUGAAAGUGAAAGAGUGCGUCGCUUAGAAUUUGAACGCCGUCGUAAGGCUCAUUACAAUGAGUUUGAAGCAGUUAGGCUUGCUAGAAAAUUAAUACAGGAAGAAUUGGGUGAUGAAGACGAAGAUGAAGACGAUGGAGAUGUUGAAUCGCAAUCAGUAUCUACAAUAUCAAAAACUAAAUCUGAACCUGUAGGCAGUGAAAGUACUCGCAAUACUCGUCAAGUUUCUUCCUCUGAAGUUUGUUCUAUAACAGAUGAUUGCGCCGACAAUGCGAAUACAUGCUCCUGCAAACCCAAAGCAACUGGUAAACCAAUGGAGAUUGAUCAACCGGAGUAGUAAUCCCAGAGCCAAAAUAGUCAUGAAAAAUACUAUUUUCAACAUAGAGAAACAAAAGAAUAGGAAAAUGACGUGAUUUUUUAAAUUUAUAUAUCGAAAAGUUUUUUAAAAAAGAGUUAUCCGCAAUUUAAUGAAAUAAUUAAAAGAAAGAAAAAAAUGAACAAAAUAUAUUUUAUGUAUUUAAAUACAGCUGAAUAUGGUGUUGUAACACUUA